AAAGAUUACAGGCCUCUCUUUACAAAGUGCAGCUUUUUAUAUGCUAGAGACUGGAAACUUUUUCCAUUUAUAAACCUAGACCAAUGCUGACUGGAAAUAAUUGCAAAAAAAAAAAAGAUUAAAAAACAACAACAACCUAUGAGUCAGGCAAGAAAAGGAGAAACCCAAUUGGGAGAAAUGAGUUGGUCUUUGGAGACUUUGCCUGCUCUUAAUAUUAGGAAGGGCUAUCCUCCAGUAUUUAGGAGCGUACUCGUUAAGUGGGUAGCUUGGGUAAUGCCUAAAAUUUCUGUAAUGUAUACUCGCUUUUCCACUUACUGGGAAAAGGCCCAUAAUUCCAAGCAAGCGAGAAGUCCCACCUCCUGUUGGCGUCGUGGCUACUGAUUGGUUCAAUUGCGGUGCAGGAGUGGCCGUAGUUGCGCGGGAAGCUGAGGAACCAGAUCGGUCGCCAUGACUGGCUGUGGGAUGUCAGAGUGCCAGGGCUUCGGCCUCUUUUUCUGCUUGUCUCAACAUCGCCUCCUUUGGCUGUCGCUGUUCUUGCUUGGGACUCUAGCAAACAAACUUAACGUGCCACAGGUGUUGCUACCCUUCGGCAGGGAGCCAGGCCGCGUGCCUUUCCUCCUCGAGGCGCAGCGGGGCUGCUACACUUGGCACUCUACCCAUCAUGAUGCAGUUACUGUUGAGCCUGUAUAUGAAAAUGGCACCCUCUGUUCCCAAAAAGCUGUUCUCGUUGCACAAUCUACCCAACCUACACGACUCAGCAGUAUUAUUCUUGCUCGAGAAGUAGUAACUGAUCAUGAACUACGUUGUGAUGUAAAAGUGGAUGUGAUUGACAGCAUUGAAAUUGUGUCUCGGUCUCGGGAACUCUAUGUAGAUGAUUCACCUCUGGAGCUGAUGGUGAGGGCAUUGGAUGCUAAAGGAAACACUUUCAGUAGUUUGGCAGGGAUGAUGUUUGAGUGGAGCAUUGCACAGGAUAACGAGUCAGCAAGAGAAGAACUGUCCAGAAAAAUUAGGAUUCUGAAAUACUCUGAGGCAGAAUAUUCUUCCCCACUCUAUAUAGCUGAGAUGGAAAAAGAAGACAAACAAGGAGAUAUUAUUUUGGUGUCUGGGAUUAGAACUGGUGCUGCUGUUGUAAAAGUUCGAAUUUAUGAACAGUUCUAUAAGAACGUGGCAGCAGCAUCGAUUCGUCUGCUGGUUUUGGAGAAUAUAUUUCUUAUACCAUCCCAUGAUAUUUAUCUUUUAGUAGGAGCAUAUAUUAAGUAUCAAGUUGCAAAAAUGGUCCAGGGAAGAAUGACAGAGGUGAAAUUUCCCCUGGAACAUUAUACACUGGAAUUGCAAGACCACAGAGUUGCACAUAAUGGGUCUCUUUUGGGGAAAGUAGCUACAUUGGAUGAGAAGACAGCCAUGGUGACUGCCCACCAACUGGGCCAAACUAAUCUUGUCUUUGUUCACAAAAAUGUCCAUAUGCGAUCCGUAUCUGGACUCCCAAAUUGCACCAUAUAUGUUGUAGAGCCUGGAUUUUUAGGCUUCACCAUUUACCCUGGAGACCGAUGGAGUCUAGAGGUGGAACAGGUGUAUGUCAUCACAGUAGAAGUGUUUGACAAAAGCAGCACAAAGGUCUAUAUUUCAGAUAAUCUCAGGAUUAAGUACAACUUUCUGAAGGAGUACUUUGAAGAGCAAGUAACUACUGUGAAUGGAUCAUACCACGUACUAAAAACCCUGAGAGAUGGUGUUGUAGUGAUAAAUGCAUCCCUGACUUCCAUCAUUCACCAGAAUAACAGUAUUCAGCCUGUAAAACUUCUCAUCAAACACCAACAAGAAGUGAAGAUUUAUUUUCCCAUCAAGCUUAAGCCCAGCUGUCUGGCAUUUCCUCAUCACCCUCAGGAAAUGUUAUAUCGUUACAAAGUACAGGUAGAAGGUGGUAGUGGGAACUUCACUUGGACUUCUUCUAAUGAAACAGUAGCCAUGGUAACCACUAAAGGAGUUGUGACUGCAGGUCAGGCCUGGGGGAACAGUACCAUUUUGGCCAGAGAUGUACAAAAUCCAUUUCGAUAUGGGGAAAUUAAGGUAUAUGUUCUAAAACUGAACAAAAUUGAACUGUUACCAUAUCACGCUGAUGUGGAAAUUGGCCAUACUAUAGAAAUCCCUAUUGCAAUGUAUCAUAUAAAUAAGGAGACCAAAGAGACCAUUGCAUUCACAGACUGCUCUCAUUUAUCCUUGGAUAUGAAUUCAGAUAAGCAAGGAGUCUUUACUUUUUUCAAAGAAGGUAUUCAAAGACCUGGACCAAAUCACUGUUCCAGUAUACACAUAGCAGCCAAAUCUUUAGGCCAUACUCUGGUGACAGUCAGUGUCACUGAAAAUGAAGAGUAUUUGGAAAGCAGUGCCACAGUGGCUGCUUAUGAGCCCCUAAAGGCCCUAAACCCUGUGGAAGUGGCUCUGGUGACCUGGAAAUCUGUGAAGGAAAUGGUAUUUGAAGGGGGCCCACGUCCGUGGAUCUUGGAGCCCUCCCGGUUUUUCCUGGAGCUAAGCGUAGAAGAGACAGAGAAGAUUGGAAUAACAGAAGUCCGGCUUCCAGCUAAGAGAAAACAGAACCAGUAUAUCUACCGAGUCCUGUGCCUUCAUUUAGGGGAACAGGUUCUCACAUUCCGAAUUGGAAAUCACCCAGGUGUUCUGAACCCUAGUCCAGCUAUAGAGGCUGUGCAGGUGCGUUUCAUAUGCGCCCACCCUGCUAGUAUGUCAGUGACACCAGUAUAUAAGGUGCCAGCUGGUGCCCAGCCGUGCCCUCUGCCACAGCACAACAAACAACUGAUUCCUGUAUCAAGCCUGAGGGACACAGUCCUGGAACUAGCAGUAUUUGAUCAACAUAGGAGAAAGUUUGAUAAUUUCAGUUCACUGAUACUAGAAUGGAAAUCUUCCAAUGAGACACUAGCCUAUUUUGAAGAUUAUAAGUCAAUGGAGAUGGUAGCCAAAGAUGAUGGCAGUGGACAGACCCAACUACAUGGUCACCAGAUACUUAAAGUACGUCAGAUAAAAGGGACCGUACUCAUUGGAGUCAAUUUUGUGGGUUAUUCAGAGAAAAAGAGCCCAAAGGAAAUUUGCAACUUGCCCAGAUCUGCAACAGUGGAGCUGCUCUUGGUGGAUGAUGUAGCUGUACUGCCAGAGAAUGCCACCAUAUACAACCACCCAGAUGUGAAGGAAAUAUUUAGCCUUGUAGAAGGAUCUGGUUAUUUUUUAGUCAACAGCAGUGAACAGGAUAUUGUCACCAUCAUUUAUAUGGAAGCAGAAAGUUCUGUCCAGUUAGUUCCAGUACAUCCUGGAUUUCUCACCUUGGAAGUCUAUGAUCUGUGCUUGGCUUUCUUAGGCCCAGCAACAGCCCACCUCAGAGUGUCAGACAUACAAGAGCUGGAGCUUGAUCUAAUUGAUAAGGUUGAGAUAGGCAAAACUGUAUUAGUGACUGUGAGGGUUCUUGGCUCUUCCAAACGUCCAUUCCAAAAUAAAUACUUCAGAAACAUGGAGCUCAAACUCCAGUUGGCCUCUGCUAUUGUCACCCUGACACUAAUGGAGGAACAGGAUGAAUACUCUGAAAAUUAUAUUGUUCGAGCCAUCACUGUUGGACAAACCACACUUGUAGCUAUUGCCAGAGACAAGAUGGGAAGAAAAUUCACAUCAGCUCCCCGACAAAUUGAAGUGUUUCCUCCAUUCAGACUUGUCCCAGAGAAGAUGACACUGGUUCCAACUAACAUGAUGCAGGUAAUGUCAGAAGGUGGCCCUCAGCCCCAAUCCAUUAUUCACUUCUCCAUCAGUAAUCAGACUGUGGCUACUGUUAAUAGGCGGGGGCAAGUUACAGGAAAAGUGGUCGGUACAGCUGUGGUCCAUGGCACCAUCCAGACAGUCAAUGAAGAUACUGGCAAAGUGAUUGUGUUUUCCCAGGAUGAAGUGCAGAUUGAGGUUGUUCAGCUACGGGCUGUUCGGAUCCUUGCAGCUGCAACUCGGCUCAUCACAGCCACUGAGAUGCCCGUUUAUGUCAUGGGAGUGACCAGUACUCAGACCCCCUUUUCCUUCAGCAACGCCAACCCCGGGCUUACAUUCCAUUGGUCCAUGAGCAAAAGAGAUGUGUUGGAUCUAGUGCCCAGGCAUUCAGAGGUUUUUGUGCAGCUUCCAGUGGAGAAUAACUUUGCCAUGGUUGUCCGCACAAAAGCAGCUGGCAGAACCAGUAUCAAAGUCACAGUUCAGUGCAUUAACAGUUCCUUGGGGCAGUUUGAGGGGAAUGUGUUGGAACUAUCCGAUGAAGUUCAAAUUCUGGUUUUUGAAAAACUCCAACUUUUCUAUCCAGAAUGCCAGCCUGAGCAAAUUCUAAUGCCUAUGAAUUCUCAGCUCAAACUCCACACCAACAGGGAAGGGGCUGCCUUUGUAAGUUCCCGAGUUCUCAGGUGCUUUCCUAACUCAUCUGUCAUUGAAGAGGAUGGUGAAGGACUCCUGAAAGCUGGUUCCAUUGCAGGUACUGCUGUGUUGGAAGUUACUUCUAUAGAACCUUUUGGAGUCAACCAAACAACCAUCACUGGAGUACAGGUAGCACCAGUGACAUACCUGCGAAUGAGCAGCCACCCCAAGCUAUAUACAACCCAAGGAAGGACCCUAUCAGCCUUUCCCUUGGGCAUGUCAGUCACUUUUGUUGUUCAGUUCUAUAAUAGCAUCGGAGAAAAAUUCCACACCCACAAUACUCAGCUUUAUCUGGCUCUGAACAGAGAUGACUUGCUGCUUAUUGGACCAGGAAACAGGAAUUAUACGUACAUGGCCCAGGCUGUGAACAAAGGGGUGACUCUGGUAGGGCUCUGGGACCGGAGACAUCCAGGCAUGGCAGAUUACAUUCCUGUGGCUGUAGAACAUGCUAUUGAACCAGACACCAAUCUUACUUUUGUUGGAGAUGUCAUCUGCUUCAGUACUCACCUUGUCAACCAGCAUGGUGAGCCUGGGAUAUGGAUGAUUUCUGCUGACAAUAUUCUACAGACAGACACUGUAACUGGAGUAGGCAUAGCCAGGAGCCCAGGAACUGCAACAAUUUUUCAUGACAUCCCAGGAGUAGUGAAAACAUACAGAGAGGUAACAGUCAAUGCAUCAUCAAGAUUAAUGCUUAGUUAUGAUCUCAAGACUUACCUCACCAACACACCCAAUUCAACUGUAUUCAAACUCUUCAUCACCACUGGCAGAAAUGGUGUCAAUCUCAAAGGAUCCUGCACCCCAAAACAGGCCUCAGCAAUUACAAAAGUACUUCUUCCAGAGACACUCAUGUUGUGCCACGUGCAAUUCAGUAAUACUUUGUUAGACAUUCCCGCAAGUAAAGUCUUUCAUGUUCAUUCAGACUACAGCAUGGAGAAAGGAGUUUAUGUUUGCCUAAUCAAGGUUCGUCCACAGUCAGAGGAGCUGCUCCAGGCCCUCAGUAUGGCUGAUACCUCAGUCUAUGGAUGGGCAACACUGGUCAGUGAACGUGGCAAGAAUGGAAUGCAAAGAAUCCUCAUUCCUUUCAUCCCAGCCUUUUACAUUAACCAGUCAGAAUUGAUCCUUAACCACAAAGACAUUGGUGAGAUAAAAGUACUGGGAGUGGACAGAGUUCUAGAAAACCUACAGGUUUCCCCUAGCUCCCCUUUUUUACAAGUCUCUGGCCACAAGCACUCUCCCUUCACACCAGGCCUGGAUAUCUACCUGAUAAGAGCAGUCAACUUCACUGCCUUCCAGCAGAUGCAAUCUCCUGUUUUCAUUAAUAUUUCCUGUGCACUCACCAGACAAAGUGAGGCUGUGCUAGUGAGAACGAUGGAUAAAUCUGGUAAAGAUCAGUGUGAAAAUUCAGGUGUCUUCAAGCGGUUCGUUGGUUCUUACCAGAUCCUCCUCUUUACCCUCUUUGUGGUGCUGGCAUCAACAGCUUUCAUCUUUCUAGCAUACAGUGCCGUCCUAAACAAGAUACAGACUGUUCCAGUUGUUUAUGUACCAACUAUAGGAACACAGCAAGGUUCUUAUACUGCCACAUGUCCUCCCUCUCCUUUCUUGAGUCCACAGCCUCCAGCCGCCCAGAGCAGACUACAACAUUGGCUAUGGACAAGACGGUAUUAAAGUGCACUUGUACAAGUCACCAAUAAGCAUAGGGAAACGGGAGGUUUCUAGUUCUAGACAAGGAGAAGCCUAGCAGCAAGUUACAUUAAGUUUCUAAAACAAGGCUGCUGAGAACUGUAAAUAAAGGAUGUGAGGGCCUGUUGUCGUUUGUUGGGUUGUGUUUUAAAGAUUAACAGUUCUUAAUACUAACAAGUCACAAAUAAACUUUAUCUAGCACCUUAAAUUUUGAAUCAAACUCUUAUGACUUAAUGAGCGUAGGUGGAUAAAAAGGUCCCAAAUACUUUUUAAGUUACCUGGCCACUUACUUGCCUCAAAAGACUAGCAUUCUUCUCUUCUGGUUGCCCCUGAAUACUUGAGGCAGGAAGUUCCUAGCAGUUAAACAAAACAAUGAACAC